UUCACUGAGAACGAGGCUCACAUUCUCUCUCUCUCUCUCUCUCUCUCUCUUUCUCAAUCUUAGAAGAAGAAGCAGUAAGCAGGACCAAGUCGAAAGCUUAAUCACACACACUCUCUCUCUCUCUUCAAAUCACUUUUGUUUCUCUCUCUCUCUCCAAAAUCUUCCUCAUUGUCUUUGGCUGCUUCAAGAAACUGUUUGUCUCUUCAACACUUCUCUGCUUAUUACAAAUCAAGAACAAAAAAAGUCUUGUCUUUUGUCUCUCUUGGGAGAAAGAGUCUCUCAAAUUAAACCCAUUUUAGACAAAACCAUUAAAUCCUGAUCCAGCUCUGUCUUUGCCCUCAUUAGCUUCUGUCUGAGAUUCAAAGAAGGAGGAACAAAGAAAGAAGCCAAUUCUUUCUUGUCAACAGUGAUUCAACUAAAAGCCCCAAACUUUGUUCCACAUUUUUCAAUGGAGUGAGUCGACAGAUCAAGAACAAAGAGAUACACAAGUACGAAGCAGCAAUGAGAGACGACAAAUCCAAGAAAAGCAAGUUGUCAUGGUCAAAGAAGAUGGUGAGGAAAUGGUUCAACAUCAAAAGCAAAACAGAAGAGUUUCAAGCUGAUGUUUCUCUUCCUCAAGUUGUAGAAGUUGAGCAUAGAAGUAGCAUCUCAGAGAAGGAGCCUUCCACAAUCAAGAAGAGCAAAGCUGAGAAACUCAAUAAGAACUGGGAGCAGCAAGCUAGACAAAGGAGAAUGAACUAUGAUAACCCAAGAAUCAUUGAUGUCCAAAACUACAGCAUCUUUGUAGCUACAUGGAACGUUGCUGGACGCUCUCCUCCUGAAGAUCUAAACCUUGACGAGUGGCUUCACUCCUCAGCUCCUGCAGAUAUAUACGUACUUGGCUUCCAAGAGAUUGUUCCUCUUAACGCUGGUAACGUUCUCGGAGCUGAAGACAACGGUCCCGCCAAGAAAUGGCACUCCCUCAUCAGAAAAACACUCAACAACCUCCCCGGGACAAGCGGCCUCUCUCACACUCCAUCUCCCAUCCCUGUCCCCAUUGCAGAGAUUGAUGCUGACUUCUCCGGAUCUUCUAGACAAACCUUCUUCAACAGACGCUCUUUCCAGACCCCAAGCAUAUGGAGAACGGAUGAGAACGACUCUUCGGCCACACAACCACCGCUUGAGCGUCGUUUAAGCGUGUGUGAUCGUGUCUUCUUCAGUCAUAGACCAAGUGACUUUGAUCCUAGCUUCAGGUGCAGUCACAGGCCUAGUGAUUACUCUAGACCAAGUGAUUAUUACUCAAGACCGAGUGAUUAUUACUCUAGAGCAAGUGAUUACUCUAGGCAGAGUGAUGUCUCUCGGUGUGGUUACUCAGAUGAUGAUUAUGCUCCAGGGGAUUCACCAAGCACAGGGCUGUACUCACCAGGUUCAAACGAGAAUGGUUCUAGAAUCUCUUGGAACUCUUCUCAGUAUUGUUUGGUGGCUAGCAAGCAAAUGGUUGGUAUCUUUUUAACAGUUUGGGUGAAGAGUGAGUUAAGAGAACACGUCAAGAACAUGAAAGUGUCUUGUGUUGGGAGAGGAUUAAUGGGUUAUCUUGGAAACAAGGGAUCAAUCUCUAUUAGCAUGUUGCUUCACCAAACAAGCUUUUGCUUUGUCUGCACUCACUUGACGUCAGGACAGAAAGAAGGAGAUGAGCUGAGGAGAAACUCUGAUGUGAUGGAGAUACUCAAGAAGACAAGGUUUCCUCGUGUCCAGAGUUCUGCAGGAGAGAAGUCUCCAGAGAAUAUACUUCAGCAUGAUCGAGUGAUAUGGCUUGGGGAUCUGAAUUACCGGAUAGCACUCUCUUACCGAUCUGCUAAAGCACUUGUUGAGAUGCAAAACUGGAGGGCAUUACUAGAGAACGACCAGUUAAGGAUAGAGCAGAAACGAGGACAUGUGUUUAAAGGAUGGGACGAAGGGAAGAUCUACUUCCCACCGACUUACAAAUACUCAAAUAACUCAGAUAGGUAUGCUGGAGAUGACUUGCAUCCCAAGGAGAAACGUCGCACUCCUGCUUGGUGUGAUAGAAUAUUGUGGUAUGGAGAAGGACUACAUCAGUUAUGUUAUGUAAGAGGGGAGUCAAGAUUCUCGGAUCAUAGACCAGUUUAUGGCAUAUUCAGCGCAGAGGUUGAGUCAAAUCACAAGAGAUUAAAACGAGCCACGAGUUACUCUACUUCAAGAGUCCAAGCUGAAGAACUCUUGCCUUACCCAAGAGGAUAUACCGAGCUAACUUUUUUCUAAAAGGUUCAGUGAACAUCUCUAUCCAUAGAACUAACCAGAAAAUUAGGAGAUUGCAGAUAGAAUGUAGUGUCAGUGACAUGAACCUAUCAAGGGUGGUAGACUAGUGGUAGUAGUUGUUGUUGUGGUCCUGAAAACUCAUAAUAGAGACUUAAGUCUAUUUAAGACACUGGUAUGCAUUUAUUAUACAUCAGCCAAGAAAGUAGCCCACACGUUUCUCCUAUAAUAUCAUUUAAGGCACUGGAUAUGAUUUGAUGUGAUAUGAUUAUCUCUGCAUCGUCAGUGAAAACAACUGAUUAGGAAACUGUAAGAUUCGUUUGUGUUAUUCUUGAUAAAGAAAUGAUUCUGAAAAUCUUGUAAGAGUUAAUUAUUGUGUAUGUAUCUUCAUCAUAUCUUGAUCACUUAUGGUAUAUGAUUUUAUUCGGCUU